AUGACUAUUGUUGGCCUCCACCCGCUCGACCCGGCCACGGCCGACGAGAUCCAGGCAGCUACUGACAUGGUCAAGAAGCUGUUUGCUCCUGUCCAGCUUCACUUCAAGGCAGGGGGUCUCGAUGAGCCUCCAAAGAAGGAGCUCGUAGCCUAUCUGGAGGCCGAGCACAAGAACAUUCCUCGUCCUGACCUUCCGCGCCGAAUCUUCCUAAUGUGGUACAUCAAGAAGACUCCACGCCUUUUUGAGGCAGUGGUCGAUGUGACCAACGGCAAGAUUGUUCAGCAGCAGGAGCUUCCUCGUGAUUUCCAUGGCCCAUGUGAUCGCACUGAGCUCAACGAGGCUGCUGAUGUUGUCAUGGCAAACGCGGGUGUUGACAUCGAGUUCAAGCGACUGGGCCUGGAGAAGUCCUCGGUUGUUCUGGAUCCUUGGGACUACGGCGUUGACGGUAUUGACACCCAGACGCGCAUGACACAGGUUUUCUUGUACUUGAAAAACCCCAAGAACAACGACCCCGACUCCUCGCAUUACUCAUUCCCCCUGGACUUUAUGGUGCUUGUAGACCUUUGCGCGAUGAAGGUUACCAAGAUUGUUCGCCUUCCGCUAGGUUCUGAUGAGAGUACUACCGAGGGCAAGGCAGUCUCUCUGCAGGAUACGGACCCCGCAGAGCCUGAGUACGACCAUCGUCUUCAGAAGAACGCCCCACGAACCACCAUGAAGCCUUAUAAUGUGAUUCAGCCUGAGGGCGCAUCGUUCACCGUCAAGGGCCAUCUCAUUGAGUGGGAGAAGUGGCGCUUCCGUGUCGGCUUUAACUGGCGUGAAGGAAUUACUCUUCACGAUCUGCAUUUCAUGGGCCGAAGCACCUUCUACCGACUUUCGCUCUCGGAGAUGUUCGUGCCAUACGGAGACCCCCGCGGCCCCAUUUAUCGAAAGGGUGCUUUUGAUCUGGGCAAUGUUGGAGCUGGUGUGACUGCUAAUAACCUUCAGCUUGGAUGUGACUGCUUGGGCACAAUCAAAUACAUCAGCGGCCAUGUCGUGGCAGCCGACGGCACUCCUGCUCCACGGCCCAACGCCAUCUGUAUCCACGAGAUCGACAGUGGCAUCCAGUGGAAGCACACCAACCACCGAACCGGCAAAGCCACCGUCGUGCGAAAAAGACAGCUUGUGCUGCAGCAGAUUAUCACUGUGGCCAACUAUGAGUACAUCUUUGCCUGGAUUUUCGACCAGUCUGGCGAGAUUUCAUUUGAGACCCGGGCCACUGGUAUUCUCUCGACCCAGCCCAUCGACAAGGACUCCAAGGUUCCCUGGGGUACCAGAGUCGCCGACGGAGUCAUGGCCCCGUACCACCAGCACUUGUUCAACGUCCGCAUCGACCCUGCGAUCGAUGGCCACAAGAACUCUUUCGUUUACUCCGACUCGGUGCAGAUGCCUUGGGACGAGAAGCUGAACCCCCUCGGCACUGGCUAUGUCACCAAAGAAUUUACAGUGAACCGAGCGGGACCAGUGGAAGACAGUCUCUACGACGGCCGUGUCUUCAAGAUUGUAAACCCAAGUGUCGAGAACCCAGUGUCCCAGACACCUACCGGAUACAAACUGGUUCCCAUUCGCUCUCAGUUGCUUCUUGCCCAGCCCGGAUCUUGGCACUGGCGACGAUCAGAGUUUGCGGAGUCGCCCAUGUGGGUGACCAAGUACAAAGAUCGUCAGCUGUUCCCUGCCGGCGACUACACAAACCAGUCUCUGGGCGGCCAUGGAAUUAAGUCGUGGGUCAAGGAUCGAGACUACGUUGUCGACGACGAUAUUGUCAUCUGGCACACCUUCGGAUUCACCCACAACCCCAGAGUGGAAGACUUCCCAAUUAUGCCGGCUGAAAUCGCUCAGUUUCAUCUGAAACCGUAUAACUUCUGCCAAUACAACCCGACAAAUGAUGUGCCGCCGUCAAACCAGGCCUUCAACAAGAGCACUCUCUAUGAAGAUGCUGAAAUAAACGGAACUAACGGGAAGGGUGACAUCGAGACCAAGACGAACGGGGAAAAUGGAGCCAAUGGAACAUCUUGUUGUAUCAAAGAUUAG